UCUCACUUGUUUUUAUACCCCCUUUUCUCCUCUCUCUCUUCUGUCGCUUAAAGCAUGCCAUGUUCUAUGACCUGCAUGUAAAGUUGCUCUCUCUGUUUAGUGUUUACAUGAACAUGAACUUCCCCUUAUUUCAUCAAAAUCUUCACUGCUAGCUUUUUUGCUGCUUUAAUGAACACAAACUGAAGACAUGACGUCUACUAUUUUUUUUUUUCUUUCCUGUUGUUUUUCAUGGCCUAACACCUUGAGAUAUACCUCUGAGGUUUUGAGGUUGCCUCAUUAAACUUCUUUUCUUCAAUUCUGUCAAAGACCAAGUGGCCAGCUAGCCAACACACCAGUAUACAAGUACUGGUUGCUAUGGCUCAACAGGAAGAAGGAUGGCCGCUGGGAUUGCAGCCUCUGAAUGUAAGAGUAGGGUUAGCUAGGAGCCGUAAUUUUUCUGGAUCAACAUCAUUCAAUACCAUACUGAGUGGUUCUCCUAGUUCCUCAACAAAUUCUUCAUCAGAUUUGGACACAGAAUCAACAGGGUCAUUCUUCCACGACAGAAGCACUACGCUUGGAAGCCUAAUUGGCGUAGCAAGAAUAGUGAAUCUCUCAAGAAGAUCUACCAGGGGAACCUCAAAUCCAGAAGCCAUCAAUGGAGGCCACAAGAGCUAUAGGACGAAAACAUGGUGUUUCUCUCUGUGUCCAACGGAUACUACGGAUGCUGAGACUGUAGCAAGAAACACCCCAUCACUCGGCCAUUUUCUUGCGGUGGAGAGAAGGGCAGCUGCUAAUGAACAUCAUAGAAGCAGCCAUAGCUCAGUAUUUUGUGGUCCUGAUGAACUUGCCAUGGCUCAGCCUGAUCGGGAACCGAAUACAUUGUUUGUGAAUGGCCAAAUUGCCCCACCUCCUCAUGAGUCAAGUUCAAGUCCAUGGUCUGGUUCAGAUGUUCACAGGAGAAACACCAGUGGUGGAUUAGGACAGGGCAGCGGACAGGGGGUUCCGGUGCUGCUGUUUCCUUGCAUGUGCGGGUGCGGGUAGGGUGGAUGACAACAUUUGGUACUUCAAAAGUUGGACUUCAAGAACAUUUUACUUUCUCAGAUUAAAAUCAUCAAAUUUUGUUGUUUAGGUUCUGUUUUCUAAAUUGUUUUAGAAUUUAUUAUUGUUAUCCUUUAAUGAUAAGAAGGGAUUUCAUUUC